AUGACUGUUUGUUCUGCAGCUGCUUUACUUUUACUUUUUAACAGCUCCCUGGAUUUGUUGGCUUCUCAUGAGCUUUCAUGGAUUUUUAUGCUAUCUUAUAGAUUGCAUGUUCUCUCUGCUCUCAAUGUCUGUGUCAUAGUAACGAUUGUACAGACACUGGUGAAGACAUUUGAAGUGUGUGAUCUUCCUGUUCGAGCUGCAAAGUUUGUUGCAAGGAAGAAUUGGGUUGUGACAGGAGCGGAUGACAUGCAGAUUAGAGUGUUCAAUUACAAUACUCUGGAGAGAGUUCAUAUGUUUGAAGCACACUCAGACUACAUUCGCUGUAUUGCUGUUCAUCCAACCCAGCCUUUCAUUCUAACCAGCAGUGGCAGAUGCAUUUGCUCUCUGAAGGUGUGGCAGCUGGGCUCUUCAUCACCAAACUUCACUCUGGAGGGACACGAGAAAGGUGUGAAUUGUAUUGAUUACUACAGUGGUGGCGACAAACCAUACCUCAUUUCAGGUGCAGAUGACCGUCUUGUUAAAAUAUGGGAUUAUCAGAACAAAACAUGUGUGCAGACACUGGAGGGACAUGCCCAAAAUGUGUCUUGUGCCAGUUUUCAUCCUGAGUUGCCAAUCAUCAUCACAGGUUCAGAAGAUGGAACAGUGCGUAUUUGGCAUUCAAGCACCUAUCGGCUUGAGAGCACAUUGAAUUAUGGAAUGGAGAGGGUGUGGUGCGUGGCCAGUCUAAGAGGGUCCAACAAUGUCGCUUUGGGCUAUGAUGAAGGGAGCAUCAUUGUUAAGCUUGGUCGGGAGGAACCUGCCAUGUCCAUGGAUUCCAAUGGAAAGAUAAUUUGGGCCAAGCAUUCAGAAAUCCAGCAGGCCAACCUAAAAGCAAUGGGAGAUGCUGAAAUUAAAGACGGAGAAAGAUUGCCAUUGGCAGUAAAGGAUAUGGGCAGUUGUGAAAUAUACCCUCAGACUAUUCAGCACAAUCCUAAUGGGCGCUACACAGCAAUGGCAUUGAGAAACAAGAGUUUUGGAUCUGCCCAGGAGUUUGCAUGGGCGCACGAUUCUUCAGAAUAUGCAAUAAGAGAGAGCAACAGUGUUGUAAAGAUAUUUAAGAACUUUAAGGAAAAAAAAUCAUUUAAACCAGAUUUUGGAGCUGAAAGUAUCUAUGGAGGCUUCUUAUUGGGAGUCAGAUCUGUAAAUGGCUUAGCCUUCUAUGACUGGGACAAUACAGAACUCAUACGCAGAAUUGAAAUUCAGCCCAAAUAUAUUUUCUGGUCUGAUUCUGGAGAGCUAGUCUGUAUUGCCACUGAGGAAUCAUUUUUUAUCCUUAAGUAUCUGUCAGAAAAAGUCUUGGCAGCACAGGAAACACAUGAGGGAGUUACUGAGGAUGGCAUUGAAGAUGCCUUUGAGGUUCUUGGUGAAAUUCAGGAAAUUGUGAAAACAGGGCUGUGGGUAGGCGAUUGCUUCAUUUACACAAGUUCUGUGAACAGAUUAAAUUAUUAUGUCGGAGGAGAAAUAGUCACCAUUGCCCACUUGGACAGGACAAUGUAUCUCCUAGGCUAUAUUCCUAAAGACAACAGGCUUUAUCUGGGGGAUAAAGAAUUGAACAUUGUUAGCUACUCCCUGCUUGUUUCAGUCUUGGAAUACCAGACAGCUGUCAUGCGGAGGGACUUUAGCAUGGCUGAUAAGGUCCUUCCUACCAUUCCAAAAGAACAGAGGACCAGAGUUGCACACUUUUUGGAAAAGCAGGGCUUCAAGCAGCAAGCUCUUACAGUAUCCACAGAUCCUGAGCAUCGUUUUGAGCUUGCUCUUCAGCUUGGAGAGUUAAAAAUUGCAUACCAAUUAGCAGUGGAAGCAGAGUCAGAACAGAAGUGGAAGCAACUUGCUGAGCUUGCAAUUAGUAAAUGUCAGUUUGGCCUAGCACAGGAGUGCCUACACCAUGCACAGGAUUAUGGGGGUCUGCUGCUUUUAGCCACUGCCUCUGGAAAUGCUAGUAUGGUGAACAAGCUAGCAGAGGGUGCAGAGAGAGAUGGCAAAAAUAAUGUGGCAUUCGUGAGCUACUUUCUACAGGGCAAGCUUGAUGCUUGCCUGGAGGUCUUGAUUAGAACUGGGAGACUGCCAGAAGCUGCCUUCCUGGCCCGAACUUACUUACCCAGUCAGGUUUCAAGGGUAGUGAAACUCUGGAGAGAGAAUCUCUCAAAAGUCAAUCAGAAGGCAGCGGAAUCCCUUGCUGACCCAACAGAGUAUGAAAACCUUUUCCCUGGAUUAAAAGAAGCCAUUGUUGUUGAAGAAUGGGUGAAGGAAACACAUGCUGAUCUAUGGCCAGCCAAACAAUAUCCACUUGUCACGCCAAAUGAAGAGAGAAAUGUUAUGGAAGAAGCAAAAGGCUUUCAGCCCUCAAGAUCUGCAGCUCAGCAGGAACUUGAUGAGAAACCUGAUUCUCCUCCAGUUGUCGUGGCCUCCCACACAGACAACAAAGAAAAGAGUUUACUUGAACUAGAAGUAGAUUUGGAUAAUUUGGAAUUAGAAGAUAUUGACACAACAGAUAUCAAUCUGGAUGAAGAUAUUUUGGAUGAUUGAACGUAAUGUUUUCCAUUUACCUGACUAAACAGAUCAUUACUAUGUACAGGUAUUGAUCAUCUGGACCACAGCACUUUGGACUAUGUUCUCAUAGAAUGGAGACUUUUAUAUGUAAAUGCUGUGGACCACUGGGAGCACAGCUGCCUCUGAGUCUUAAGAGGAGUUUAUGUGCAGCAUUUAAAUUACUGUGUUAUCCUUGUUAACUAAAACAGACUUGGGCUUUAAUUUCUUUCAUACUGUUAUUAGGCCAUAUCUCAUAAAAUCUUUUGAAUUAAUGAAGAUACUUCAGUUUCCUUACUGAAUAAUGAAAAUAGGCUUCUAGUUUUAGAAGGCCGAGCCAAAACUAUACCUCACCUAGAAUUCAGCCCCACAUUCUCUUAUCUUUGCAUAACUAAAUCUGUAUUUUCAAAUAUGAUCAAUCACAUUUUCCAUAGAACUGAAUAUCCAUACUGUAAUUCUCUGAGCCCUUUUUCUUGAUCUCAUUGCAUCAUUCCUGGCAGUGUGUGUAGCUUGGGUGGCAUGGGUUCUUAUGCCUUGCCCUAAUUUUGUCUGGUAGCUAGCCAUUUCUAGAAUCAGAGUCUGAAACCUGACUUCAUUAUUAUUCCUCUGACCUCAUUAAGCUGGGCUCUGUCUAAAUUACAUGUUGGCCUAUUUGGUAAUACAGAAAAGCACAGUACUUUCUCUUUUUUAACUGUGCACUUAUCUAAUGUGAUUAGAGAAAUUCAUAACGAGGUGCUCAAAUAUAUUUCCCCUUGCAGCCUAAGGAAGUGAGUAGGGUAACAAGUUUUUCUUUGUAUUUCUGUCAGAGGCACUAUCUAGAAUUUCAAAAGCAAAGAAAUUUAGAGAGAAUAACAAAUCAGUAUCUUUUAAUCUCAACAUUUUUAAACAUUCAGCUCAAUGUCAACAAAGAGAAAGGUAGUAUUUAGUAAAAUGAAAUGUGUUUUAAAAAAUAUUUCAGGAAGCUGCAGAAUGGCUAACGAAUGCUUCUUGAUAAGCUUGCAGUGUUAAUUCUAUAUACGCUCCCUUCUGUGCUUCUGUUUUUGCAAAGACCUUUAAAAAAAAAAAA